AUUCCAGCAGUGAUAAGAAGAAACGUCAAGAAGGCGACGAAGAAGUAGAUUCCAGCAGUGAUAAGAAGAAACGUCAAGAAGGCGACGAAGAAGUAGAUUCCAGCAGUGAUAAGAAAAAACGUCAAGAGGGCGACGAAGAAGUAGAUUCCAGCAGUGAUAAGAAGAAACGUCAAGAGGGCGACGAAGAAGUAGAUUCCAGCAGUGAUAAGAAGAAACGUCAAGAAGGCGACGAAGAAGUAGAUUCCAGCAGUGAUAAGAAAAAACGUCAAGAGGGCGACGAAGAAGUAGAUUCCAGCAGUGAUAAGAAGAUGUAG